GGGCGCUCGCUGAGUGAGCUGCUGCGGCUGCACGCGGAGAAGGGGACGGAUGUGCAUUUCACGGCGGAGGAGGCGUCGCGCGUGGGCGAGGUGCUGAAGCAGUGGAUAAACUCGGGCCCGUCUCCGUAUGAAGCUGGGGAGGAAGACUUCUUCGCGCGAUCGCAAGACGACUUGGCGAUAUCGAGUAGGUCGGCGGGGAGCGAAGUUCUCGGACGACCGCGGUUAGCGAGCGAA